CCUCUCACACUGAACCCUUAAAAGAUCAAAAUCCCUAAAGAUCGACCAAAAAUUUUCCAUUUUCUUCAAAAGCCCUAACCCUAGUUUCACUUUUCGUUGUGAGUCUCCACUCUCCACAAUGUCAACCACAGUCCCCAAAAAAAUUACCCUCCGAACCGCCGACAAUCACGAGUUCGAAGUCGAUGAAGCAGUAGCCAUGGAACUCGGCACCGUCAAGACCUUCUUCGACGAAAACCCCGACGCCACCGACGAGCCCAUCCCUCUCCCCAACGUCUCCUCCAAGUGUCUCUCUACAAUCAUCGAGUACUGCAAAUUCCACCUCUCUCUCCGUGCCCGCGGCAACGAUUCUUCGUCGGCGGAGGAAGAAGGCAAGGUUUACGAUGAAGAGUUGAUCAAGGCCCAUGACAAUGAGUCUUUGGUCGAGUUGAUCUUGGCCGUUAAUUAUCUCAACAUCAAAGAUAUGCUUGAUACGUUGAACCAAGGUGUUGCUGAUAGGAUUAAGAACAAGAGCGUGGAGUAUGUUAGGAGGUUUUUUGGGAUCGAAAACGAUUAUACACCUGAGGAAGAAGCUGAGAUUAGAGCACAAUAUGAAUGGGCUUUUGAAGGUGUUGAUCCUGAUGAUGAUUGAUCGCUUGAUUUCUAUGACCGGGUUAGGGUUUUACAAGUUUCUUUUAUGAUAUAAACAGUUGUUUUCUAUGAUCACUUGAUUUCUAGAUUUAAGGACAUAAUUAUGUUAAAUAAUUGAAUUGGGGCUUAUCAAAUUUUGUUUUAUAUAUCUCUGCUCUAAUUGUGAUUGAAAA